AUGAAAGACACCAUAUUUGAUUAUAAAGAAGAUAUUAAAAAAGAAAAUGUCGUCUAUCAUUUUCAACCUACUCAAAGAUUAGACGCAAUCAAGUCUGUUAUCAUUGAUCGAUGCAAACAAAAGCAAUUGCCCAAACAGACAUCACCACCUAUAGAACAUAUUGGUGGUUUACCUUCCCCACCUGUUGAAGAGAAGAAGCCUUUUGUUGAAGAAGAAGAAGAAGAAACAGAGGAAAGAGAAAAAGAAUUUAAAAUGACCUGUGAUGAAAUUAAAGCCAAGAUUCAAACAUUGAAAGAUGAAAAGCAUAGACUGUUUCAGCUAAUUAAACAAAUGAUGUUGCAAGAACAAAUAAAAAAGAAACAAGAACAAGAGAAAAUACAAGAACAAGAGAAAAUGCAAGAACAAGAAGAAAAGACGACUCGAUGGGGCCCACCUUCAGAGAGGUCGAAUUAUUUUUAUUCACGUCCAAGAUAUAAUCCUCAUCCAUAUACGCAACAUCGACCAUCUCGUCAUUAUAACUCAAGGUCCUCUCCUUAUUCUUAA